CAGCUCUUUUCUAUCAAGCCCGAGCCAGGACGGCGCUCAAGUUCUGCCAGGAAGCCUGACCCGUUCGUCUUGACGUUUCGGGAUGAUGGCAAGGGAAUGACCCCUCUGGAGCUCCACAAGAUGCUCUCGUUCGGUCACUGCGACAAGGACCAGCACGUCAGCGUGAAUGGUCAGGUGAUGCCCAUCGGACACUACGGCAAUGGCUUCAAGUCAGGUUCCAUGCGCUUGGGCAAGGAUGCGUUGGUGUUUACCAAGUCUAAGAAAACGCAGUCGGUCGGACUCCUUUCUCAGACGUUCCUUACAGAAACCAACGCUGCGGAGGUUCUAGUUCCCAUCGUCAGCUGGGACAACGACACAGGAGAGGCCAUCAGUGUGGGCUAUUACGGCAAGUCACUAAACAUAACGCCGAUAAGCACCAGCCCCCAACUGACCGAAGCGUUCAAAGCCAACGUCAAGGUGAUCAACAAGUACUCGCCCUACGAAUCCACCGCAGCUCUGCGGGUAGCGCUCGACAAAAUUCAGUCAGGCUUAGGGCUCAAGCACGAUAUUCAGCUAGCUAAGUGCAUGUGGGACGAGGUCACAGUUGCCGCAGGCCACACGCUGGCGCCUUUGUACUAUUCGCUCCGCGAGUAUACUUCCAUUCUCUACCUCAACCCGCGCAUGCAGAUUUGGAUCCGCGGGCACAAAGUUCAGCUGCGCAAACUUGAGCACUGCCUCUACGAGCCCCGGGAGUGUACCUACAAAUCCAAGGCCGCCGAUGGCAUGGCCGAACCGGUAACUGUCACCCUCGGAUUCAACAAGUUUUCCGAUAAGGAGCAUUUUGGCAUGAUGAUCUACCACCGGGAUCGGCUCAUCAAGUGCUUCCUGCAUGUGGGUUAUCAGCUGUCGCCGGACUCUCGAGGAGUCGGUGUGAUUGGCGUCCUGAACGUGAACGCGCUGCAGCCCACGCACAACAAACAGUCCUUUAUUAUGGACAACAACUAUCGCCUGCUCGUCAACAACCUCAAGGAUCAACUGGCCAAAUACUGGUCCACCGUGACCAGCAAGGGUACGCUCACAGAGUUCUGGCAUAAGCUGAGCAAGGCGAAGAGCAGGGGCAAAAUUUGUAUCCAAUGCACCAAAUGCAUGAAGUGGCGGAGCGUCAACAAAGGCGAGAUCCCGGAGCUGCGGCUGCCCAAGAUCGAAAAACUCAUCAAGCGGAAUGCUGCCGCUGAUCUCGGCGAUGUUGAGAAAAAGCUCGAGGAACAGGUCAUCAAGAUUGAGAAGAGGCACAAGGACACCCUGACCAAGCUGCGCGCGGUCAAAGCCAAAGAGCUGGCGACGAUGACGGGCUUCCCCGUCGAAAAGUGCACCGCCGCCCUGAGAGUCUCGGCCGACAACAAAGAGAUCGCCGGCCAGCUGCUUUUCUCGAACAAGCCUAUUCCCGGAUUCGAUUUUGAGCUCUAUGCGGUAGUGUACAUACGGAACCUGAUCUGA